AUGCCUAGCAUUGCAGAACAGUAUGAAUUUAAUCAGUUCGUAUUUGAAAGACAAAAUGCUUUAUUGUUUGGAAGAGCAAUACAGGCCAUUGCACGAAUUAGUGAUGAGUUUUGGUUUGACCCAAAUGAAAAAGGUCUUGCUCUACGAUCAGUGAAUUCUUCUAGGUCAGCAUAUGCAUGUUACUUCUUUUCAUCCACGUUUUUUCAACAUUACUGCUGGACAGUUGAGCCUGAACAGUGUCAGAAAAAAAGACAGUUACCCUAUACAUGUAAAUUAGUAAUGAAGUCAGUCCUCCCUCUAUUUAGAUGUCUAAAUACACUAGAAAGGAACGUAGAGAAGUUCAGCAUUUAUACAAAUGUUAAUGAUUGCCAUAUAACUUUUCAGCUCUUCUGCAAACAUGGUAUUGUAAAAACUCAUAACCUGACUUUUUAUGAAAGUGAACCUUUACAAGCUGUUUUUUCAAAGAAUAUGUGUCCUAAUGUACUAAAGGUGCAAUCAAGGCUGAUGACUGAUAUAAUGAUUCAUUUUCCAAACUGUCAAGAGGAAGUAACUGUAGCUGUUACACCAAUGAAAGUUUGUUUUAAAAGUUAUACUGAAGAAGAAAUCGAUUUUUCAAAGACAAUGCACACUAAAAUACAUCUUAAUCCAGAUGAAUUUGACUAUUUUCAAAUUGGAGUAGACUCUGAAGUAACAUUUUGCCUUAAAGAACUGAGGGGUCUAUUAGCAUUUGCAGAGGCUACUAAUGCUACUGUCUCAAUUCAUUUUGACGUGUCUGGAAAACCAAUUGCUUUCAGUGUUGAGGACAUGAUGGUGGAAGCCAGCUUUGUUUUGGCUACAUUAGCUGACACUGAAAAUAGGGAAUCCUCUCAACAACCUCUAUGCCUUUCACAAAACCAGAAAAGGCCUACCUUGAUGAAGGCCCAUGCAGAUAAUGCUGAAAACAUCCCAAACAAUUCUGCAGAUGAUAGUAAUACAGAGACAGUAGCUUCAAAAAAGCCUUGUUGGAAUAGAACCAUAGCAACACAGUCACCUGAAGUAUGUAGGAACUCUCUGUCAAAAGAAGAUACUAUUCCCAUAAUCUCAAAGAAAGACAUGAAGAACAUAGAAGUAUUGGACAUGAGUGCAGCAGGUGACAUUAAAAUUGUGGAAGAAGUAAUACCCACAUACUCUGAUCAGUACAAGUUUCAUUCAUUUUUCUUUGGAGCAAUUUCAUUAAAGGAGCAAGAUACCAUCAGCUACACACUCCAUAGCUUGGCCACAGCUAGUGAUGAUGAAGAAGAUUUUGACAAUGAGCAGCUCUCCCAAGCAGUCUAGUGAUACGUAGUACAUGUACAAACUUUGCAAAAAUGUUUACAUUGUCUUUAGGUAUUAAAGGUAUAUUUUAAUAGCUAAAGGACUAUUUUACAAAGAAACUUGUUGCAACAUUUCUUACAGAAAUUUCCCUGGGUUUUCUACUAUUUUUAGAUUACACAGAAAUGAGAACUGUCAAUAGAAACUGCUGUUUUAUAUUCUAGACUGGAGUGAGCAAUAAUUUUUUAGUGGGGGCCCAGGAGGGGCCAGGAGACUUCCAUGCUUCUCCACCCACAGACCAAUUGGCUGGGGGGGAAGAGGGGAGCAUGCGAAGUCUUGUUCUCCCCCCCCCAUCCCCUCCCAGAAAACCACCUAGGUACCUGUGCCCCUGCCCGUAAGUCAAUCAGGGCCUGAGAAGGGGGAGCACAUGAAGUUUCUCGCUCCCUGCUCCCGCCCUGCAAUGGAAAACCAACUGGGCAGCAACUGGCAGUUGACUAAGUGCUGAGCCCCUUGCAGGGCAGGAAGAGAUCACAUUCUCCCCUCCUACCCCCAAACCCUGAUUGGCCUGGGGGCAGAGGGAGCAUGCAAAGUCUCCUCCCACCCUGCCCCCAUCCUUCAAGGAGAGCGCAGAGCUUCUCUUGCAGGGUAGGAGGAGACUUCGCAUGCUCUAUCCCUCUGCCCCCAAGCCAGUCAGAGCUUGGGGACGGGAAAGUACACAUGAAGUCUCCUUUCACCCUGCCAGGAGCGCCACCAUAUGCUCCUUGGUAGGCGAGAGGAGACUUCAUGCAGUUCUCUCCGCUUCCCAAGACCCUGAUGGGCCGGGGGGCAGGAGGUGCAGCAGGGCCUCCGUAGGCUGGAUCAACUUGCUUGGAAGGCCGGAUGUGGCCCACAGAGGCCCUUUUGCCCACCACUGUUCUAGACUAUUACUACAGUUAGUGCUUUUCAACUUAACACCUAAGCAGGGUAGAGUUUUCAGCUCACAAGUGAACAAUCAGCUUGUUGUAUAGGUACCCCUUUUAAUGUAGAAAAGAACUAAUUAAGACUUUAAAAUUAAUUUUAGUGUUUGUAUUCACAGGUUAACAUGUAAAUAUUUUGUAUUCCAAUUGUUGUGAAAGUUCAAAUGUGUAAAACACAUCCAAAAACUUUAAAUACAAGAGCAUUUUCAUCAUCUGUCAAUACCAUUCUGUGUAGCUAGUUGUAUGGAUGUCAUCUUUUUAGUAGAAAUUUUCAUAAUUUAAUACUGGUGUAAUGCUGGAUUAAGAAUCUUAGAUUGUUAGGUACAUUUGAUAGACCUAAAAAUGGAUUAGAGCUCACAUGCUAGAGGAUCCUUAAUUGGUCAGUCACCUGAACCACUGAGUACACUGCUUCAAGAGAAUUAAGACUAUACAUGUGACACUGCAUGGAUUUGCUACCCCUACCUGAUACUUUCAUUCUAGUACAGCCAAACACAUUUAUUUGGAUAGUUCUCUGAAAACAUCCAGUGUGCAGCAGCAGUCAAAAA